AUGUCAGUCAUGAUCCUGAUCCUGUCCGUCCUGGCGGCAGCGGGGUUAACAACAGGUUUAAUCGCAGUGGCCUGGCUACUGCUUAGCACCAGAAAAAACGGUAACAAAAUCCAACGCAGCCAAGAGGAAGCUGCCGCAUCUGUUUCCAACGCUCAGGAAGAGCAGCGCCGAAUCCUACUGGCAGCCCAGGAAGAAGCUCUGAGAAUCCGUGAAGCCGGAGACCAGGAAAUAAAAAAUCAACGACGCGAACUAAAUCGAAUGGAGCGUCGUCAUACCCAGAAAGAAGAGCAGCUUGACCAACGGUCAUCGGGGCUCGACCACCAGGAAUCCGAAAUCGAACGACGCGAGUCAAUCGCCCAAUCCGCCCUGCAACAGGCGGAGGAUGUUAAAGAACAGCAUACCCGGGAGUUGGAACGCAUCGCAUCCCUCACUAUCAGUGAAGCACGAGACAUUGUUCUCAAGCGGAGCGAAGACGAAGCAUCCCACGAACUGGCGAAACGUUAUUACGAGCUCGAGAAGGAGCAUCAACUCCGAGCGGAUGACAACGCUCGCCGCAUCAUCACAUUAGCUAUCAACCGUCUGGCUACCGACGUCGUUUCGGAAAGCACGACAUCUGUUGUUCCCCUGCCUAACGAUGAGAUGAAAGGCCGUCUCAUCGGCCGUGAAGGACGUAACAUACGGGCUCUAGAAGCCCAGACCGGAGUCGACAUCAUCGUUGACGAUACGCCAGGUAUUGUCACGCUCUCCUGCUUCGACCCGGUUCGCCGAGAAAUCGCCAAACUGGCGCUGACCCAACUCGUCAGGGACGGUCGCAUUCAACCGGCCCGUAUCGAGGAAAGUGUAACCCGCGCCAUCAGAGACAUAGAAGAAACCAUGUGGAAGGCCGCUACGGGGAAAACGUGCUGGACCCAUUCCAUCGAAGUCGGCCUGCUGGCUGGAAUGUUGGCAUCAGAAGUCGGCGCCAACGUGCAAACCGCACGCGCCGGUGGCUUGCUGCACGACAUCGGCAAGGCCAUGACCCACGAGAUUCCCGGCCCCCAUGCUGAAAUCGGCUACGAUCUCACCACCCGAAACGGUGUGGCAUCAAUCGUUACCCACUGCGUGUUGGAACACCACGACGAUGAACAUUCCAGCAUCGAAUCUUUCCUCGUGGCUGCCGCCGACGGCAUCAGCGCCGCCCGGCCCGGCGCCCGCAAGGAGUCAAUCGAACAGUACACCCGUCGGCUCAAGGAACUGGAAGACACCGCCAACAGUUUCGCCGGAGUCCAGCGAGCUUUUGCCAUCCAGGCCGGCCGGGAAAUCCGCGUGAUGGUCAGCCCAACCGACGUCGAUGAUAUCGCCUGCGCCAGUCUGGCCCGCGACAUCGCCGGCAAGGUUUCUCAGGAACUCCAGUUCCCCGGGCAAAUCAAGGUUACGGUGAUUCGGGAGACCCGGGAGGAAAGCAUCGCCCGCUAG